AUGUUGGGCCCUUCUGAUUGCCUUGUAGCGCUGGUAAUCUUCUGCGAUCGAUCGGGGUGUCCGGUUGGGGCACGGCUGCUGUUUGCAAUAGUAGAUGACAGUCUCAGGACCGUCUGGGAUGUAGACGUCGAUGAGGUCCUGAGAGUCAAAUGCGUGAACUUGGCCUUGACAGGCAGCCACGUUGGAUGGGGGGAGGACGGGGAGGAACCUAGACCACGCGUCCGUGAGGACAAACACCACCCACUGAAGUGCAGGUGCUGA